AUGUCAUCGAGACACUCUGCCGCGCGCCCCAAAAGGGCCGGCGAGACAUUCGCGCGAACACACCAUCAUGACGCCGCAGCCGACGAAGGCCACGAUUCUAAGAAGCUCAAGUUCGACGUCCGCAACCCCUCUGCCCUAGCCCCUGACGCCCCGGAAGAAGACGCGAUCCUCGAUGCGGACGUUAUUGGCACCAGCGCGGGUGCAACGAAGCGUGGCGCCGUCAAUCUUGACGGCUACGAUAGCGAUUCGGACAAUGAGCGUAACUUCAAGUCGCGCGCCGACGAGCGGCACAGGGGCAAGAAGGGCGGCGACGCUGGCAUUCUUGAUCAGCUGGACAACUACGAUGCCAAGGGCAGCGGAGGCGUAGGCGAGAAGGGGGGCGAGAUCAAGGAGGACGAUGAGGACGAUGACAUGUUUGCUGCAGACGACGACGAAGCGCCAGAAGGGAAACCGACACAGGAAGAAACUAAACCGGCAGGAAAGGAUAAGUCCGUACGCUUCCUCGACGAUGAACAGAUCGAGGGCCAGGACCUGAAGAGUAAAAGCGGAGGUCAGAUCCGCUUAGACGAAGAAGAGAGCAGCGACGAUGAGGCAGAGCGGGAGCUGGCGAUCCAGGAGGAGGGCAUCGAUGAGGAGGUUGGUCUGGGCGGCCUUAAGCGUAAUGCACCUAAGGUUGAGGCCUUCAACAUGAAGGAGGAGCAGGAGGAGGGCCGCUUCGACGAGGAUGGAAAUUACAUCAGAAAAGCGGCAGACCCGAACGCAGUGCAUGACAAGUGGCUCGACGGGCUGAGCAAAAAGGACCUGAAAAAGGCAGCUGAGGCGCACGAGAGGCGAGAGGCCGAAGCACGGAGGCUACGGAUGGAAAACGACGAUAUUCUGACGACGGACCUGCUCAAGGCGCUCAUCGUGCGGUUAGACAGGGGAGAGACACCGCUCGAGGCCUUGGCGAGGCUGGGCAAGGGGCAGCCGAAGCCGAAGAAAAUACCCAAAUGGAAGCUCAAGAAACAGAACAAGGGGGCCGGGGAGGCCAUGGACGUCGACAAAGAAAAGGAGCUCACACCCGACCAACAAAAGAGGAAAGAGGCCAUUGAGGCCAUCACCGACGCGGCGGACAAACUGCUCAGUCGAGACCACGCUGAGAUCUACGACCAGGAAAGGGAGGUCCUUGUCCGCGAGUGGCAGCGGGAAACGGGCGAGCAGUGGGUCGAGCCGGCGAAGGAGGAUGCCAGCGAAGAUCUGUCGACCAAAAUGUGGGAGUUCCGGUGGACGGACGGGCGCGACAAUGCCGACAAACAAGGGCCGUACGACGGGCCUACAAUGAAGGCUUGGCAGGACGCCGGAUACUUUGGAGAAGGCGUUGAGUUCCGGCCCGUAGGCGAUGACAGCUGGACUAGGGUUGCCCAGUUUGCAUGA